ACUAUAUAGCAUUUUACCCGAUUGCAUGUACAAAAUAAAAGAGUCAUUAUUGUGUAAAUGUGGUGUCCCUUCGUGACUCCGCCUCCACACCAACCCAGAUGGGAGCAUGGAGGGUGAAGAGGGCUACUCCUCCUCACCGGUCCACUCCUCUUGCUCCAUUCACAGAGAAGGCUGAAGACACACAAGACAACCUCUUUUCUCCUUGAAUGGACCAAACUUACUCCUCCACUCCAAAUCCAAGAAAACAGCCAGUUGUCCUUGAGCGCCGCUUUACCAUGAACUUGCCGAUUUUCCCUAUAGUUUGCGCUAUUUUCAAAAUGCUGAUGGGGAUCAACUGAGCCAGACUUUGGAAAGACCGAAGAGCAACAAGGUGGAUCUUUGGGGUCAACAUUGUCAAUAUUGAGGAGGUUGAGAGCAUUUAAAGGCAACUUCCAUCUUUUUCUGGCUUUUGGUCUGAGACCAUGAUGGGUUCAGAAGUCCGUGACCUGAACUCCCUGUUACCUCCGGUCCCAGCGGGCCCUAGUCCUAGCUGCCCGGCCCUACCGGUCAGCACGGCCCCUCAGUGGGCUCCCGUGUUGGACUUCCACAACGCUACCUCCCCUUACUCAUCUCUGGGAGCACCUCACACGUCCCUCGGGCCGCACUCCUUCAUCAAGCAGGAGCCCAGUUGGGGGAGCUCAAGCGACCCCCACCACCUCGACUCGGAUCCUCACUGCGGCCUGAGCGCCUUCACCGUCCACUUCUCGGGCCAGUUCACGGGCACGGGGGCCUGUCGGUAUGGCGCCGCAUUUGGUGCGCCCCCUCCCGCGCCGCCCCCCUCUGGCCAACCUCCGUCAGUGGCUGGCCCGCAUCAUCACCAACCCCCCAGCAGGAUGUUCAGCAACCCACCAUACCUGACCAACUGCAUGGAUACACAGCCUGCCGCCCGCAACCAGACAGGUUAUGGCACAGUCGCGUUCGAUGGCACCAGCAAUUACGGUCAUGCCCCAGCUCACCCCAGCUCGCAGUUCUCCAACCACUCCUUCAAACAUGAAGACACUUUAUGUCAUCAGAACGCAAUCGAGCAGCAGUAUCCUGUGCCCCCCUCUAUGUAUGGAUGUCACACCCCUUCAGACAGCUGUACGGGCAGCCAGGCUCUGCUACUGAGGAACCCUUACAACAGUCACACGGGGGGCUACGACAGUGACCCCAGUGCACCCAUGGUGUACAGCUGCAGUACUCAAUACCGUAUACACACGCAUGGAGUCUUCAGGGGCAUACAGGAUGUAAGGCGGGUGCCCAGCAUUGCUCCAGCAAUUGUUCGAUCAGAGAGCAGUGAGAAGCGUCCAUUCAUGUGUCCACACCCCGGGUGCAACAAGCGCUACUUCAAGUUGUCUCAUCUGCAGAUGCAUGGCCGCAAACACACAGGGGAGAAACCGUACCACUGUGAUGUUGCAGAAUGUGGUCGGGGCUUCUCUCGUUCUGACCAGCUCAAACGACACCAGAGGAGGCACACAGGUGUUAAACCCUUCGAAUGCGAGACGUGUCAGAGAAAGUUCUCUCGGUCUGACCACCUUAAGACACACACCCGGACUCAUACAGGUAAAACAAGCGAGAAGCCGUUCAACUGCCGUUGGCCCAACUGUCAGAAGAAGUUUGCUCGCAGUGACGAGCUGGUGCGGCACCACAACAUGCACCAGAGGAACCUCACCAAGCUCCAACUGGCCAUCUGAGGGUUCGCUCACUGGUGCAGAACAGCAGGAUGUUUGACAGAUUGUUUGUUGAUACUUUUAAUCAAAACCAUCGCAGCAGAUACCAAGGGUUUCCAAAAACAUGUAAUUCUUUUCCUGUCACAAAUACGUCCUUUCAUGAAAUGAAUAAAUGCAUUCCUUUUGGGGUGUUUUAACGUAACUUUACUGCUCUAUAAUGAAGCUUGAAAUUAGUAGCUCCGGGCCUAUCUGAACAUGACUCACGCUGAGCAAUUAAUCAGAUUUCACCGAAAAACCGUCUGAGCCAUAAAACCACACUUUUCACCUGUGUGUUCCCCAAGAACAUUCAAUAUGAUUUAAUGAUUUGGAAAAAGUUAUACAUUAAAGAAAUAAUUUUGUUCCUGAACAAGCAGAUUUCCAUCAUCUAAUUGAAGGGGAACUAGACUGUGGUCAACAAAAUAACUCACAUUACGCAACAUUUUUGUUGAACUGCCGCAUUGUGGCAGUGGGACUGAAACCUGUAUUGCGCUGCCACGGAAUGACAACAUAGUCUUUGGAAAGGAACUGCUUAUUCACUUGAUUCAAACUGGACCAACCCAAAUGAUUAGUUGAUCCAUUCAUUUGACAAUGGGUUUGAAGAUUUAGCUGUGAACAAUUUUAGGUUGAAUUGGAGCAGCAAUGAGUAGUAGUAGUAAACAAUACAACCUAUUUUGUAUGUGUAUUUUUCCAUGGCAAGGUUUUCACAUCGAUGUGAUUCUGCGGUAACCACAAGAGGAUGGUUAAGUCUCCCCAAAAUCUUUUUUUUUUAUUUCAUCUUCACAAGUGCUUUUAAAGGUCAAUAUCAGAUGUAAUAAACACUCCAUUCCCCUACAAUUUAGGGUCAAUGCUGUUGUAAAGAUCUCCUUUUAAAGAACUGAUUUAUUUAUUUUCAUUUCAUGGAUUGAUUCACUGGAACAUGUUUUAUGGAGAGAAGACUUCACUUUUUCAAUGCUGUAAAAAAAAAAAAAAAAAAGCAAGUUUAUAAAAUAUAAACAUGAAAUGUAGUGGAUAAUUUGCAUCUGACUUGGCAGGCAGUAUUUUCAUGUUCCGUCUGGAUUGCACAACGUAAAAACUAUUUUGUGUGUAGUGGUUUUGUGAUGUUUUUACUUUGUUUUUUUAAUCCAGCUCUCUUGUGGCAACAGUACAUUGCUUUCGUGUCCUGUGUGCAAGGGUGUAAAUAUUACUGGACUCGGCCUUUGUGUUACACACUGCAUGUUCUCCAUUAUGUCUGUUGGGUCACACUGGCUCUGUGACCGGGACAUGAUCAAGAUGUAAAUAAUCCUGCUAUGCCAUGGGAACUGAGCUUUCCAUGCGAGGAAACUGGUGACAAGCAUUUGGGGAGGGCGUGGGGGCGGGGAUGGGCUGUUUUUGAACAUAUCCUGGAACUAUUUUUGUUUCUUCCUUGACAUGUAAAAACAAUUAAGCUGUAAAAAGUAAAUGCCAGUGAAAAAUACUCAUAAGGAUGAGCUUUCUAUGUAAAUGUUUUACAUUGGUGUGGAAACACUCGGGCAGUUCGUCUCUGUUGCUUUAUUUAUUCUGUUUUCAGUCAUUCUGUACUUGCAACUAAUGAAAUCCAUGUCAUGAACUUGUCUUCAUACACAUUAACAAAUGUGUAACAACACAAAUUGCUGUACAGCUCCACUGUCACACUCUAAUUUACAUGAAGGUUCUUUAUCAGUCUAAUUUACUCUAACCGACCAGUACUUUAGAUACUCUUGAUGUAUUAAAAAAAAAUGAAAAAAAUAAACUUUUCCAAAGGUAACGGGUGUUUUGAUUGGCACAGCCAGAUCAAAAUUCAGUUAUAGUGGUGGUGUAGAAGUAAAGAGCAAAAAGUAGAGCUGUUGAGAAUAUUUCACCCAUGUAAAAAUAUCUUCAAUAUGAUGCAGUGUACUUCUGUACCACAGCCAACCACCAUGUCCAUGACAAAUAUGUAAUUAAAAAAAGAAUGUGUGUUUA